AUGGAAGUCAUGGAUACGAGCCCGGGGCUGCCUCAGCCCGAACAGACGUUAUCGACUACGCACGAGACACCCAGGAAGCGCUCGCUACAGGACGUUGACAAUAGCAUGGACGUGGAUUCCGCCAGGGAGAAGGAGAAGGAGAAUCAGGAGAACACCGCAUCGGAACAGAAGUCGUCUGCUGAGACUGACAGUGCAGAGAACCCUGCCCAGGAAGCUGAGGGAGAGCGUACCUCGAAACCGCAGCCAGAAGUCAUAAAAGAUAAUGUGCGGGUGGAGAUCCCGCUGAAUGCCAUUCCCCCGCCGAAUACGACUACAGAGCGCUCUGAGCAAUCUACCACCCCUUCUGCGAAGAGGCGGAAGGUGUCCCCUGCGAGCAAGGAGACUAAGCAGCAGGAGAAGGAGGCGAAGGAUCGGCAGAAAGCGGAGGAGAAGGCUAAGAAGGAUGAAGAAAGGGCUAGGAAAGAAGAGGAGAAAGCUAAGAAAGAGGAAGAUAAGGCUAAAAAGGAGGAAGAGAAACGGGCAAAGGACGAGGAGAAGAAGAAGCGGGAGGCUGAACGUGAGGAAGAGAAGAAGAAAAAGGAGGCGGAGCGUGAGGAGGAGAAGAAACGAAGGGAGGAGAAGAAGAAGGCUAAGGAGGAGGAAAAGGCGCAGAAGGAAGAGGAGAAGCGGAAGAAGGAGGAGGAGAAGACUAAGAAGGCGCGGGCGCAAACGAAAUUGAAUUCCUUCUUCGCUAAGCCGAAGACCUCGACUGAGGCUUCUAAUGCAAGUUCCGGCGCGGCGCCUAAGGAGCCAUCUAAUGGUACCGCGGAUGAAGGUACAGCUAAGACUGCAUCAGACUACUAUCGCAUUUUCCCCGAAUUCUUUCUGCAGUCGCAUACUGUUGUCGCCCCGCCUCAUCGAUUCAAACGGGAUUCAGAAGCGCUAGAGACCAUGCGAAAAAAGGUGGACGAAUCAUUGCACAACAACGACGACUCGCAAGAACCGCCCGUCUUCCGGCCAUCAGAACUGUUCCGUAUGAUUCCGUAUAAGCGACGACGAGGGAGGCAGGCGACAACGGUCAAGGACAUCCUACUCCAACUUCAGCAUAUGGGAAGCAGUGGAGAGGGAGCAACAACAGUGGAACCACCGCCAGGCCAGCGGCCACAAGAUCUUCUCAAUAAGGUCCGAAUGAAGUCAUUACGAUUUGGCGAGGAUGUCCGUCCGCCCUACCAGGGAACGUUUACCAGGAAUGUCCCCGAGCCAUCAGCCAAGAAACUCUCGCGCAACCCGUUCAGCCGCAACUUACCAGAAACGAACUAUGACUAUGAAUCAGAAGCAGAAUGGGAGGAGCCCGAAGAGGGCGAGGAUCUAGACUCGGAAGAAGAAGAGGAAAUGAGCGAUGACGGAGAAGACGAUAUGGAUGGGUUCCUUGAUGACGAUGACGACCAGCCCGUUGACGGGAAACGACGACUUAUCGUGGGCGAUCUGGAACCGCAAAGCUCCGGUCUCCGCUGGCAGGAGAACGACAUUGACCCGGUUCUGCACAUGUACAAGAUCGAAACGAUUUCAGAUUCGGUCAGCUUUCCUAUCGAUCCGUUUUCCACGGCUUACUGGCAGAAACCGUCUAAAUCGAAUGACACCGCGCCGGCAACCCAAUCGUCCAAUUCCAACGGUACAGGAGCGGAGGGCAGCAACAAAACUAGCAAUAAUAAUGGUUUAACCAUACUCGGGAGCGGGCCUGGAAAGGCCAAGCGGUCAUUCCCGCCUGAACAGCUUGAGGAGUUUAAGUCGGCUGUGAAUGGGAGUGACUUGAGCAAGCUCGGACUGGUGGAGAUCUUAAAGAAGAAGUUCCCCAAGGUCUCCAAGGAGGUGCUGAAGGACACGCUGACGAGUACGGCCACGCGGGUUGGGAGUAAGGAAUCGGAAAAGAAAUGGGUUUGCAAGUGA